CUCUGGGAGCUUCAGACUGAUCAGGGCUCCGGUCCUGCUGCUCCAUCCACAAGGCAGGGGGCGAGCCCUGACACCGCCAUCACGCGCUAUGGCCAGCCAGUUAUUCCUCCCUGUCACCCCGCGCCUCUCGUCCUUGACACCUGUGAAGCCGCACUUCGGACACCUCCAAGCGGGCAUCAGCGUGGCGAUCCAGCGCACCGACGGGAGAAUCCAUCUCGCAGUGAUCACAGAGGUCAAACGGGACAACGCUUGGGUCACGGUAGAGUGGGCCGAAAAAGGAGUCAAAAAAGGCAAAAAGGUUGCUUUAGAGACCAUAUUCCUGCUGAAUCCAGCUCUGGCCUUGGCUGGGCCCGCAGCGCAGGGCAGGGCUUCGCGCUCCGUGUCUCUGGCGCCCCCUUCCGUUAUCGGGGACCAGCGAACAGCCGCGCGGUGGGCUGGGAAGAUUCCCCAGAGAAACGAAACGCCCUCGGGGGACAGCCUGGCCGUGAGAGUUCCCAGCAGCCCUUGCCUGAUGACGCCUCGGAAAUCUGCCUGCCUACGAGAAAUUGAGAAACUGCAGAAGCAGCGCGAGAGGCGCCGACAGCAGCAGCGCGAGAUUCGCGCCCAGCGCGCCCGGGACGCAGAUACUGGAAAUGCCCACAAUGAGACCCGGCGCCUGAUCGAGGAGUGCCGCCGGCGCCUGCGCGGGGGCCGGAUUUCCGGCCCUGAGCCGCGGGACGGCCGCCGCGUCUGCGUCUGUGUGAGGAAGCGGCCUCUCAACCGGCAGGAGGCCACACAGGACGACCUAGAUAUCGUCACCAUCCCCUCGGACAACGUGGUCAUGGUGCACGAGUCCAAGCAGAAGGUGGACCUCACUCGCUACCUGGAGAACCAGACCUUUUGCUUCGACCACGCCUUUGACGACACCGCCUCCAACGAGUUGGUGUAUCAGUUUACUGCCCAGCCGUUGGUUGAGUCCAUCUUCCGCCAUGGCAUGGCCACCUGCUUUGCCUAUGGACAGACAGGCAGCGGGAAAACGCACACUAUGGGCGGAGGCUUUUCGGGAAGGGACCAAGAUUGUUCUAAAGGCAUUUACGCCAUGGUGGCGCAGGAUGUUUUCCUCUUACUGAGAACUUCCGCUUAUGAGAAGCUGGACCUCAAAGUCUAUGGGACGUUUUUUGAGAUUUAUGGGGGAAAGGUGUAUGACUUGUUGAACUGGAAGAAGAAGCUGCAAGUCCUUGAGGAUGGCAAUCAACAAAUCCAGGUAGUCGGGCUGCAGGAGCAGGAGGUGUGCUGUGUGGAGGACAUGCUGAACCUCGUGGAACUAGGGAACAGUUGCAGGACUUCAGGACAGACAUCAGUCAAUGCCCACUCUUCCAGGAGCCACGCAGUGUUCCAAAUCAUUUUAAAGUCUCGAGGGAAACUGCAUGGCAAGUUUUCCCUUGUUGACUUAGCUGGGAAUGAAAGAGGAGCAGAUACUGCCAAGGCCAACCGGAAAAGACAGCUGGAAGGAGCAGAGAUUAAUAAGAGUCUCCUGGCACUCAAAGAAUGCAUCCGAGCUUUGGGUCAGAACAAGUCUCAUACCCCGUUCAGAGCCAGCAAGCUCACACAGGUGCUCCGGGACUCCUUUAUAGGCCAGAACUCCUCCACUUGCAUGAUUGCUACUAUCUCUCCAGGGAUGGCCUCUUGUGAAAAUACCCUCAACACUUUAAGAUAUGCAAAUAGAGUAAAAGAAAUAACUCUAAAUUUAAGGCCUCGCCAUCGUUGUCUUUAUCCUGCUGAACGUGAAAUGCCAAGGGUGUUGGAAAAUCACAUUAGAAAUUCAGAAAUGUCCCUUCAAGGGGAUGAAUUUAUUAGAAUACCUUGCCUACAGAGUGAGGAGGAGAAAGAGACUGAAGAAAUCAAAGUGCUGUCCUCUCCAUCAGUGGAUACAACAAUUUCCUGGAAGGAAGCAAGCCAAUGGCCAGAUAAUAAAAUCCAGGAUACAUCUGAUGAAGUAAACUGCAACGUUGACUUUUGCAUCGCCCAGUUAUUGUCCAUUUUGGAGAAGAAAAUAGAUAUUCUGACUGAGAUUCGAAGGAAACUGAAAUUAUUACAAGCUGACCUUCAAAAGGAGAGCAGGCAUGGUGAAGUCAAUGGUGAGAGAUCAGACCUGAAAUGAUGAAUACAGUGCUGCAGUUUCUAAGUUUCUUAUAAAGGAAAAUUGUCUAAAUGAUCUGGAUAGAAAGAUCCUCCUGGAAGGUUUAAAACCUCUUUAAAUAUGGCUGUGAGAAAUGUCCUCUUUUUUUUUUUCUUCUGUAUUUCUGUAAUUUAUUUUUAUUCUGUAGGACAGUGGUUUGUGACUUGGAACCAUUUUACUCCCUAGGGACAAUUGGCAAUGUCUGGAAACAUUUUCAUUUGUCAGAAUUCGGUAUGAGAAGAGUGGUGGUACUAGACUAUCACUAGGAUACUGGAGUAUAGAAUGAUACUAGUAGAAGGCCAGAGAUGUUGUUAAACAUCCUACAAUAUAUGGAAUAGCCUUCAAAUAAUUAUCCUGUUGAAAUUAUUAUCAAAUAAUAUAUAUAAAGUCAAAUAUAUAAUAAAUCAAAAUAUAUAUCAAAUCAAA